AUGCCACCAUUAAUACUCCGUGCUAUGACUUCAAGAGGUCUGAAAACGGUUGCUACUCAGGCGCCGUCUAGGUUCAAAGCCCGCAAGGCUGCCAUGACACUGGUGGGUGUUGCUGGAACGCUUGGGUUGAUUCGUGUCGCCGUGAAAAAUAAAGGAUGUGCUGGAUUAUCGUAUGACUUGGAAUUUACGAAAGAAAAAGGAAAAUUUGAUGAAGUCGUUACUCAGGAUGGAGUGACGCUUUUAAUCGAUUCCAAAUCUCUUUUCAAGAUGAUUGGGUCCGAGAUGGACUAUGUUGAAGACAAGCUAUCCUCUAAAUUUGUCUUUAACAACCCUAACGUUAAAGAAGCUUGCGGAUGCGGUGAAAGUUUUUCGAUAUAA